AUGGACAAGCAGCUGACACUGCAGACACUGCAGCCCACAGGCGCACCCAAUUCCAAACCCUCCGAGUCCAGGUUCGACGACGAGGAGCCAUCGUCUCCUGAGAGACCCGACUUUCUUGCUGGUGUCAAACGGGGCUUCAAAAGAUUCGGAUCAGUAUCAGGGCGAGGAGGUCGGAAUAAAGCACCACCAAAUAUACGAGUUGGAGAACGCCGACUCUCGCCAAGUAUUGAACCAACACCCACCGUCACCCCCAGCGAACCAUCACCAAAAGCCUUCAAUGAGAAGCAUGCCCAGAAUAUAAGUAAUACAGACAAAGACAAACCCCUUCCACCCCCUCCAGAGCCUGAACCUGAGCCUGAGCCCGACACACGUACUCCAAAUUUUUUUUCACCUCCCGAAACACCCAAACCUUUGGCGGUGAUGUCUCGACAGGCCGCGAGCGGCAGCCGAACGAGUACCAUGGACUCGAGUACAUCUGGUGGCCAAAACUACGCGGGAGGCGCCUUUAAGCAGCCAUCAAAUGCUUAUGGGGAUAAUACCAAUGGCGGCCAACCCUCGACAAGGCAGGACACGGAAGAUAAUUCUCAAGAUGCUAUGACUCCGCGCAGUAACGGCCCGCCAUCUGCCGGCCCAUCUCCAGCACAACCACGUUCCACUGGGGGACAAGUAUUAGGAAGCCAAUCGGCGGCAGCACCACCUCAACAUCUCUCUGGUCUGAUGUGCAAUGUUCACCGGACUACCGGACGAGAACCACACCCACUCGUAGGCGCUACAACCACAAUUCUAGGCGAUAAGCUGUAUGUGUUUGGUGGUAGGAUAUUAUCAAGGACGAGACAGUCGCUGACCUCGGAUCUAUAUGAGUUGGAUCUCAUUCGUCGGCAUUGGACAAAGAUCAACGCAUCUGGAGACAUACCCCCUCCGCGUUAUUUCCAUAGUGUAUGUCCAUUAGGUGACACAAAACUUGUCUGUUAUGGAGGAAUGUCUCCCGCAUCAGCCCAAGGACAGGUCCCGGUAGCUGCUACACAGGGAGCGGAAGCUCAAGCGGAAGUUGUAGUAAUGUCUGAUAUAUACAUCUAUGACGCCCCCACGAGGACGUGGUCAUACAUACCAACACAGGAAACCCCACAAGGACGAUAUGCACACUGUGCCACUAUUCUUCCAUCAUCUGCUACAUUUUCAUCAACCAACGCGGCGAGCUCAGCACUGCAGCAUAAUCCAGGUGGAUCAAAUCCAAAUCAAGGCACUAUUGGUGUCAAUAUCGAUGGAAGUGGAGGGGCAGAAAUGGUAGUUGUUGGAGGUCAGGACAGCGCAAACCAUUACAUUGAGCAGAUUAGUGUUUUUAACUUAAGGAGCUUGAAGUGGACGAGUACACAACAACUGGGCAAGAGCUGUGGUGCUUAUCGAAGUGUUGUUUCCCCUCUUCCAAGCAGCAUUACUGCAAGGCUUGGCAAGAGUUCUCCAAGACCGGAAAACAAUAACUUCAGCCAAGAUGCCAAGGAGCCUGGUUCUUCAAUGCUGAUUUACUCCAAUUACAACUUUUUGGACGUCAAGUUGGAACUUCAGAUACGGUCUUCAGAUGGCACGCUAGCUGAGAAGCCUAUGCAAGGCACUUUCUCACCACCGGGUCUUCGCUUCCCGAACGGUGGAGUUAUUGAUACGAAUUUUGUUGUCAGCGGUACAUAUCUAACCUCGUCUAAACAAGAGUAUGCCCUUUGGGCCCUUGAUCUAAGAACUUUAACUUGGAGUCGAAUCGACGCUGGUGGAAAUGUUUUCAGCCAGGGAAGCUGGAAUCGUGGAGUUCUAUGGGGUCGAAGAAACACUUUUGUUAUACUGGGAAAUCGAAAACGCAGUUUAGUAGAGGACUAUAACCACCGCAGAAUCAACUUCUCCAAUGUUUGUAUGGUCGAGUUGGAAGCUUUUGGAUUAUAUGACAACCCACGAAAAGUCGCACCCAUGUCAGGUUUCGUUUCAGCGAGUGCACCUUACACAGCUCCGUCCAUGAAUCUGAAUUUGAAAGCUGGCGGGACUGCAAGCGGGCGUACCUUGUCAAGGGCCGCAGAGGAGUUGGGCCAAAGUGCUCUUGGGCUGAAAGAAUUUGCAGAUAUGGAUAUCCUCUGCGUAGGAGGUGAAAGAAUUCCUGUCAAUUCUCGCCUCGUGGCUCGAAGAUGGGGACCAUAUUUUGUGCAACUUCUCCUCGAGGGUGCAGCUAAUCAAGACGGGAAUGAUGCUGCAACGGUCCGAGAUGGUAUGAGGUCGAACCCAAGUAGGAACAGCAGUGUUACUAUUACCCCCAGUUUGAGUUCCAAUAUGUCCACUUCAUCCACCCUCAACAAUCAUUCAGGGCAGAGCAUAAACUCGUCACACCAGUCCGUCGAUGGUUAUCUGCGCAACAAUCCACCGGAUGCCAACAAACUAUCUCCGACCACAAGACCUCGGACACUAUAUCUCCCACACACUCAUCUAACUCUUCAAGCACUCCUCCAAUACCUUUACACAUCUUCACUCCCACCUUCAAACUCAUAUCUGUGUACUCCUCAGAUUCUAUGUUCCCUUCUUCAGUUAGCUCGCCCUUACAAAAUCGAUGGACUUCUUGAGGCGGUAGUUGAGCGCCUUCAUGGGGUUUUGGAUUCCAGGAAUGCGGCAGCGGUAUUCAAUGCAACGGCAAUGGCUGCUGGUGGUGGAAGAUCUACUAGUUCAUCAGCAUUUGGCGAGAACUGGCUAUCUUCGGAUUUUGAUGGAUCAGGUGCAUCGAAAGGACCUCCGGUUCUUCAACUUGGCCAGUUUGGCGGAGACUCAUCUGGGACGGGCCAACAAAACUUGCGCAUCAACACAUCUGUAGGCAAUCUGGGUACAGGAGCCGGCGGUAGGAAGCGAGAUGACGAAGAGACUCUCAGCGCUUCUUCAAGUGUGGCAAGUGACAUUUCCGGAUCGGAUCUAAGCAAUUCAACCAAUGAUGCCGACGCCCGAAAUGAUGCCAAUGGAAAAGAAAUCUGGAAAGGGGACGUUAGUGCUGUCAUUGGCCUACAGAAGCGUGGCUUGAGAGGAUUAAUGGAAGGCAGGAGGUUAAGGGAACGAGGAGGAAGUGUUCUAGGCCCUAGAGUUGGCCUCGGAAUUGGGUCGAAUUGA